AUGGGAGAUACCAAUGUCAACCUUCCACCAGGGUUUCGAUUCUAUCCCACAGAUGAAGAGCUUGUAGUCCAUUUCCUUCACAGAAAAGCCUCACUUUUACCUUGCCACCCAGAUGUCAUCCCUGAUCUUGAGGUCUACCAAUAUGAUCCAUGGGAACUUCAUGGUAGAGCUUUGGAAGAGGGAAACCAAUGGUACUACUACAGCAGAAGGACACAAAAUACGGUCACUAGCAAUGGGUAUUGGAAACCAACGGGAAUGGAAGAACCAGUUGUUUCAAGCUCAAACAACAAGAGAGUUGGCAUGAAGAAAUAUUUUGUGUUUCAUGUAGGAGAAGCCCCUGCUGGAAUCAAAACCAAUUGGAUAAUGCAAGAAUAUCGUCUAUCAGAUUCUGCUUCCUCUACCAGAUCAUCCAAAAGAAAACCAAAAACAGAUUACAAUAAAUGGGUAAUAUGUCGUGUUUAUGAGCGCAAUGGAGAGGAUGACAAUGGAACAGAGCUCUCAUGUUUAGAUGAAGUAUUCUUGUCAAUGGAUGAUGAUCUUGAUGAAAUAAGCUUGCCAAAUUAG